ACUGCUGCCAUUGGUGAUGCUUGGAUGCACAGAGCGGCAAGGGCUUUUGGAGAAUACCUUUCACAAAAUCAUCCCGAAGGCAGAAAUGGCUCAGAUCACCUGUUAGCAGACUCCUACAUCGGGCAGGAGGACUCCCCCGAGAUGCAGCAGGCAGCACAGAACAAGCGCAGGCUCUCCGUCAUCUCCGAUGGCAAGUUUGAGAGGAGCUUCUCUGAGGAGCAGACAGAGAAGAUGCCAAGUGAGGGACCGAAGCCACGAGUCUACACCAUCUCCGGCGAGAGGCCGAUGCUGUCAGACCACGAGAACGAAAGUAUGGAACUGGUGGUGAUGAAAGGGGCUGCCCAAGAGGAAUGCCACCACGGCCACCCCGUGCACGGUGCUGGUGGCUCUCACGGUGUCAGCAGGCAUUGCAAGGGCUGGCCUGGCAGCCGGCAGGGAUCCAAGGAGUGCCCAAACUGCACCCGGCUGGCUGCUCCUUCUCAUCAUUCCUUUGACCUAGAGCCGCAUCAAUCCGGUGAGACUGGAUGGCACAGAAAAAGGCUGGAGAGGAUGUAUAGUGUCGAUCGAGUGUCUGAUGAUGUCCCCAUACGAACCUGGUUCCCAAAAGAGAAUCUCUUCAGUUUUCAAACUGCUACUACAACUAUGCAAGCGGCAUUCAGGGGCUACGCAGAAAGGAAGAGACGGAAACGGGAGAAUGAUUCUGCAGCUGUAAUACAGAGGAAUUUUCGGAAGCACCUCCGCAUGGUGGGGAGCCGAAGGGUUAAAGCACAAACAUUUGCCGAACGGCGUGAGAGGAGCUUCAGCAGGUCCUGGAGUGACCCGACUCCCAUCAAAGCUGAUUCCUUCCAUGACUCUCGAGAAAGCCAUGACCUUCAGGAUUCCUGUGGCACUUUGGAUGGUGACUUUGACUUGAACUGGGAAGCAGAAAAGGAGCUUGAAGCCAUGGCGUGUGAUGGAGAAGACUUUAUUCCACCAAAAAUAAUGCUCAUUUCUUCCAAGGUGCCCAAAGCUGAAUAUGUCCCAACAAUUAUCCGCAGGGACGAUCCCUCCAUCAUCCCCAUUCUCUACGACCACGAACACGCCACCUUUGAUGACAUCCUAGAGGAAAUAGAGAAGAAGCUUAACAUUUAUCGGAAAGGCUGCAAAAUCUGGAAGAUGCUGAUAUUUUGCCAGGGGGGUCCAGGUCACUUAUACUUGUUAAAGAACAAAGUUGCCACUUUCGCCAAAGUGGAGAAGGAGGAAGAUAUGAUCCUCUUCUGGAAGAGGUUGAGUCGUCUGAUGAGUAAAAUCAAUCCUGAACCAAAUAUCAUUCACAUCAUGGGCUGCUAUGUUCUUGGAAACCCCAAUGGGGAGAAGCUAUUUCAGAAUCUGAAAAACUUAAUGAAUCCUUAUAGGGUUGCCUUUGAGUCUCCACUUGAACUAUCAGCUCAAGGUAAGCAAAUGAUUGAGACUUACUUUGACUUCCGCCUUUACCGCCUCUGGAAGACCCGCCAGCACUCUAAACUAUUGGAUUACGAUGACAUUUUAUGAUCUGGAGAAGACUUUGCAAGAAGUUGUUGAUCACCAGUGUCCAAGAAGUCAUGCUUAUUGCAGAGAGACUCUUUUAUUGGCACAGGGAGCCCUACAGGAGGCUGCAGUGCUAAAGGGAGGGAAGAAGGAGCCCUCGGAAGUGGAUCGGGAAGAAAGUCUCCUGGGUCAAGAGAGACUGGAGGGGAAGGGGUUUGACACCUCGCUGGCCUCGGGUCAGAGCCGUGGUGUCUCAGGAGGAGCUGUGUGAAGUGAGGACAGGAUGGAGUUCCUUGCAGAACUGAGCUGUUUUGGGUCAGAAUGGGCCAGAUUUGAUUCCAGGUCCUUUUAAAGACUUUUAAAGCUCAGGUUUUCUUACAAAAAAUAAAAAUAAAUUACCCAUGCACUACAAUGAAGAAGUGACCAGAGCACAGAGGAAGGAAGGUUUUGUACUCAUGGGACCUUCUGUGCCUGGGGAUCUUGGAGAGCAAGGACUGCUACACCUACUCCUGCAGGCUGACAUCAAGACGAUCCAGUUUCAAUGUGAAUAUACUGGAAUAUAGAAUUGAAGUCUAACUUUUUUUUGCUUUUGUUUAAUAGAAAAUAAGUGCAAUUUUUAUAGAGAGGAGGGUGAAACCCCUCCUGAUAUCUAAUUAGUUAAAAAUAACACACCAGUAACCAAUAGAUGAGGUAUUUUCAGUCUGCUUGAAAAUAUAUUCAGAAUGGUAAUAUAUCUUCUGUAGACAUAUUUAAUCACCAGCAAACAUGGUUUUAACGUAACCUAGCAGACCCUGCAUGUCUGCUGCAUUGAUUAAUCCGGUUUGGUUCAUUACUUUCAGAGUAGCUGUGUUGCACAAAUUGUAUGUGCUCUCACGAAUGUAUAUUUCUCCUCCAAUUAGACACAACUUUGUUACUUUCUAUUUUGCUGCUUGCAAAACUAUGUGACUUUAGUUUUGCUGAAAUAUUUUAGGUUAGAAAUACGGUACUUGGCUGGGAAGCCUCGGCCAGGUUCACUAUGAUAUAAAAAUGAAUUAGAAAUUAA